AUGCCUUUCAGUUCGCGCGUCCAGAAAGCCAUCAAGGCACCAGCAUCCCAGUUAGCAAGUUCUAUCGAGGGCUCGAUCUUGUUUUUAAGAAAUGCACAAAAAAUCCAGUUAACCGUUCUGGCUUCUUCUGAAUUGACCGAGGAUCAUCGCAAAAGUAUCUGGGACAUAUUCGAAGACAAUAUGCGAGCGCUAUACAUGACUUCUUCGUUCGGAUGGGACCCAUCUUCCAAGCAAACUGAGCUAUUCGAUCCCCUAUCCCGCUUCAUUCUCUUGGAACGAAUGAACGAGAAUAACCAACUGGAAGAAGGCGCCGAAAGCCCAAUAGGAGUCGAGUCGAGUACAUUUCCUCGAACUUUAGUCGCAUACACCAUGUUUCGUUUUGAGCGAGAAGAUAGUCAGAAUGUGAUAUAUUGCUACGAGCUCCAGGUCAAGCGAGAGACACAGAGGCUAGGUCUUGGAAAACGACUAACGCAAUGUUUGGUUGAUGUUGGAACUGAAUGGAAAAUGAAAAAGGUCAUGUUAACCGUUUUCAAAUCAAACGAAGAGGCCCAUCAAUUCUACCGGUCAAUAGGAUUUUCUACAGAUCCUACUUCUCCCGAGUUUUCUGAAGAAGACAAGUGUGAUUAUAUUAUAAUGUCGAAGCGUAUUUAG